ACUCCAGUCAAAACGCGGCGCGUACGUUAAACGCAUCUCUGCGUUUGAAAUACUUUCAAAACUUUUAAACUCAAUCGAAAUGAACGAAAUUAAGUGACAGUUUACAAUAUGGAGUUAUAAAUCUUUAAUUAUCAUUUUAAUCUGGUUUUAGUGACGUCACAGUUAAAGUUACGAAUAGUUUAGUGCAAAAUGAUGCUAUAAUCGAAACAGGAUUCGGUACGAAUUAUAUGUAGCUGACCACGAGAUGUCGCUGGCGGACGUGCGGUCAGCGCGCAGCUCCCCUGCGCCCGACGCCUGCCCGGAGUGCGACACCGGCGCCUCCGUCACAUCAGACUUGCAUAAGUAUCAAGUGGCAUGCACUUGUAAACCGGCAUCGGCGCAAUACGCAUGCGCGGACGAUCCCGGCCCGCCAGCACCAGCCAAGACUGACACCCCACCAGCGCUACCACCGCGACCCCCCACUAGCGUACUCGCAGCCACCAAUCGAAGAAAUAAUGCGUCCGUGGGGUGUAACGGCAACGAGACCUCAUGCCGGCGGCGCAAGUACGCGUGGUGGUGCUGCGGCUGCGGCGCGCUGGCGGCGGCGCUGGGCGGGCUGCUGGCGGCGCAGCACAUCCUGCUGCGCGCCUACACCGCCUCGCCGCACCACCUGGAGACCGUGCCGGCCGCCGUGCCCGCCGCCAUGUUGGUCCUGACAGGAGUCUGUAUAAUGAGCCUCGCUCGACGAAGAAACCGAUACAGCUAUAUGGUAAGAAAAAUCAAAGUGGUCGGAGCGUGCUGUCUCGUGUGCGCGCUGACGUGCGUGUUGGUGACCAUCACAACGACGGUCAUACAUAUGAACAAAUUGCAAACUCUUAAAUUCUGCGAGUAUACCAAGUUGACGAGGACCUGUACGUGUUUCUCCAUGUCUCCAGAUGUUCAGCACAGUAGCUCUGACGACGAUGGCGCGCGCUGCGUGUUCGAGGGCGUGUCGGACUGCGGCGUGGUGCACGGCGCGCUGUACUGGUGCCUGCGCGGCGUGUUCGCGCUCUCCGUCAGCGCCGUGCUCGUCUGCAUCUUCAGCUGCAUGCUCGCCUACCAGCUGCUCAGCCACGAACGAAAGAAGAUGUACUGGGAGCAGCUGGAAUUGAGAUGCAGGUCUCUAUAUCGACCUCCCAGUGGACAGCCAGCUGUUGCAGCUGGAAGACCUGUGCAGAACUCCUGCAGCUGCUGCACGCAGUGUCACCCGACGCAGGCGGCUUGGGACUUCAGCCUGCAGCACAGGUUUUGGGCGCCCGGUCGCGUCGGCAACCUGUACUCUCCCACUCCUGGCUCCGGAGCUGGUCGCAAGGCGUCGCCAUGGAGCUGGCUGCCCUGGACACGUACGCAGCAAACGUCUCGCUGCAGAAGGAGUGGGGUCCCGCAGUCGGGGGACAGUGCGUACGGCUUCUGCGAGACCGAACAGAACCAGAACCCGGGACAGUCCUACGACGAACGCACCUACCCGAAUAAUUUCGAUCAAUUUCAACGCUCCCAGAAUCCGUCAAACUUCUCCCAGAGUUCCGCGAAUUUCCCUCAGAAUCCGGCAAACUUCCCUCAAUCUUCCGUCACCUUUGUACAGAGUUCCGGAAACUUCUCCCAGAACGUAUCGAACUUCCAAGGCCCAUACCCACAAGGAUCCAACUUCGUGCAGGGGACGAGUUUCCCACCGGGAGGUUUCCAGGAGGGCUUCGGAGAGGCGAGCGGUAGCUUCGACGCGCAGACCGGCGUGUGGGGUCCGCCGCCCCCCUACAGCCCGCAGGGGAGGACAGCCAGCAGACACCACCUCCACCACCAGGACCCCGCGGCGACCACGCUGCUGCACCACCACCACAUGGAGCAUCGGAGCUCGAUGCCGCUGCACGAGCACUCGCUGCCGCUGCAGGCGCACACGUGCUCCCGGAGCUACCUGCCCGCCGGCGAGCUGGCGCGGCUGAACCCGGAGCCGGGCCGGUCGAACCCGGAGCCGGGCCGGAUGAACCCGGAGGCGGGCCGCGCGUACCCGGGCGAGCGGCCGCACGAGCUGGAGCGGUUCAGCUCGCUGCGCGGGCAGCUCGUGCCGUACGGCGGCUGCGCGAGGUCGAGGUCGAGGUCGAGGUCGCUGGCCGUGAGCGCCGGCAGCCUGCACGCCGACUGCCGGGACGACGCCGCCGCCGAGUGCCUGCACCUCAAAUCUGCCAGCAAAGUUUCAGAUCAGAGCAGCGACUCGUGCCCGAAGCAGGGGAAGGAGAACCUGGGGUUCCAAAACGACAAACAUUCGCCGAUGAGGUCGUCGCUGUCGGCGUGCGCGUCGCACCCCGCGGAGUCGGAAGUGUACUUCGCGGACGUGUCCAGCUGCUGCAACGCGGACUGCUGCGCGAACCCGCCGGUGUCGGCGCUGGUGGGCACGAUCGAGGCGCAGCCCGAGUCCACGUCGGAGUCCGACUCGGGCUCGCUCACGCCGAGCCGGCCGCCGCGCCCGCAGCCCCCGGGCUCCGCCAAGCGCCGGCCGCGCCCCGACAAGCUCGCCAAGCUCGACAAGCUGCGCCAGGACUUCGGCGGCUCGCUGCGCCUCACCGAGCAGCAGAUGGAGCACUUGAACGGCUCCGUGCGCAUCGAGCGGAUGAACGACUGCCGGGUCAGUGAGCGGAUGAACGACUCCCGAGUCAGUGACCGGAUGAACGACUCCAGAGUCAGUGACCGGAUGAACGAUUCCCGAGUCAGUGACCGGAUGAACGACUCUAGAGUCAGUGACCGGAUGAACGAGUCCAGAUUCAGUGACCGGAUGACCGACUCACGAAUCAGCGAAAGAAUGAACGACACCAGAGUGAUCGAGCGAAUGAAUGAUUCCAGAGUCAGCGAUAGAAUGAACGAUUCCAGAAUCAGCGAGCGCAUGGCGGACAUCAGGAUGAGCGACAGGAUGAUCGAUUCCAGAGACCGGUUGAACGAUUCCCGAAUCGAUCGAACGAAUGAGUCGCGAGAGUCGAGAGACUCGAGAGACAGACUCAACGAGAGAGUCGAAAGAAUGACCGAAAGGGAUCGUCUCAACGACUCCGAUCGGAUGACCGACCCGAGGCUAGACAGAACUAGCGAAGCCCGAGAUCGGCCGAACGAGCCUCGGGGCCUGAGCGAGAGGGAGCGCCCGAACGAGUGUCGGCUGGAGCGCCUCGGGGAGCGCGCGAGCGAGCGGCGCGGGCCGGCGCCGGCGCCCUGCCGCCCGCGCACGAGCCCGAAGCCCAAGGACUGCGCCCCCGCGCCGUCGCCGCUGUCGCCCGCCACCGAGGAGUCGCUCGUGUCGGACGAGGACGAGCGCCGGCCGGAGACCGUGUACUCCAACGAGCCGGAGCCGGAGCGCCUGGCGCCGGACUCGCAGUACGAGCCGGUCCGGGACGGCAAGGACGAGCUCGAGCUGAACCACCACCGCUGCUACAGCGACACCAACACCAUGGACUCCGGCUGGCAGAGCGGCUCCGAGAGGCAGGUCACGGACUGACCGGCGGGCGGCCGCCUGCCGCUGCGCUACACGUGACGACGCCCGCGAGCGGAACCCGUCGUUGGCGAUUAUCUUGUUGCAAUCUAAACUUUUAUUUAUUUACCAAUCGAACAUAUUGCGUAGACUUUCAAAACUUAGGAGUCACUUAUAUUGUUUAAAUUUGUUAAAUUUCGGCCGCUAGUUACGAAUUUACACGUUUGUCCCGAAGUAUAAAACUCUAACAGCGAGCGUAGCAUACCAGGGCUAGGGUGCAGGUGCUCCCCGAGACGCGAGAUAAACUCUGCUGACUUCUAGACUCAGUGUCGUUACUUAAUCUCGAAUUUACUCACAACUUACAGGGUAUGUGGUACCAUCCGACCGACGAGACAGCCACCUACUAUAAUUUGACUGAAACGGGACAGGUCACUCGUUCGAUCUGUAUAGAAAACCAAAUUUUCAUUCAACAAUAAGUAAAGCAUGUGCCAAUUAACGAGUUUAUAAAA